AUGAAGCGCACUACGAGUGGUCAGCUCGACGGCCGUCCUGCUAAGAUGGCCCGACCCGUCUUCUCUCCGGUUAACCCUCCCCCAAAGCCGGCCCAUACGAACUCUUCUCUCUAUCAAAACGCUCUGGUCGAGAUACAAAGACUCCAGGCUCGAGUCUCAGAACUAGAGAGUAUCAACAAGGGGCUUGUCGAUAUGCUUAAUACAUCAAUAAAGAACGAGAAAAAUGAGCAUGCCGCGAUAAGGGAUGAUCUAAAGGCCGCCGAUAACCACAAUGCGAUACUCCAGGGCGAGAUGUCAUCAAUCAACAGGCCUUUACAAAGACGUACGAUGCUACGUCAAGAGGCUGAGGGGUCACAGGGAAAAGCACAUAUCUCAGAGCAGGAACUGCAGAACGACAAAGCUGAUAGCUUACAGCUUCGUGCGACUGCGGAGUCCACGCGUGCCAGAGAGCACUGGAACUCGGCCUUUCGGAGGAUUAAAAAGGGAAAGUUCAAGGCCCUGGUGAACCUGUGCCCGGAACAGCCCAAUAUUUAUCCGACUCCGGCCCAGAGUUAUACGGACAUUCAUGAUCACAUUUAUGAUCCAUACCUUCCGCUGCUUGAUGACAUCGAAUAUGAGCCCUCUUUUCCUUGCCAGCAAAAUAAGGUGGGGGAAAGUAGUAAAUCACAGCAGUUCCAAAUUGCGCCCAUCUAUACAUCAUGGGAGUCAACAGGAGAUAUGCCACUAGUCGCUGCCGGGGAGGUGUCCCUCGAUAACCUCGACGACUUUGAAUUCAAUUACCCCUUUGAUCUCGAUGGACUCAAUAACUUCGGUUCCUUCAACAACUUCGAUAACGUGCCGAAUGAAUAUUUCGAUCUGGCGCCAUUGGAGCCGGGCUUCGAAGCCGACCUCAACUUCGACCUCAAUUCCCUACUUGGAGAGAAUUCCACGCAAAACCCUCCGGCCAAUCAAGAAGCAGAGUAUGGCAAACAGACAGCUAGUAUAUAA